UGCGUGCGUGCGUGCGUGUUUGCGUGUGGUCACAGUUCCCGCCAUCAGCCGCUUUCGCUGUGUAGGGGGAGUGAGCCGCCUAGCUUUUCUGGGCUCAGUGACCCUUCCUUCUGUACCCCUGGCUCCUCCCCCUCCACGCGGAUUCUGUGCUUCCGGCAGGCCUGUUCCGGGGCUUCGGACCCUCAGGCUCAGCUGAGUUGAUGGCUCCUGGAGAACUGGCAUAGCUGCAGAAUAUGAGUAGUUUCCCAAGAAGAGUGCAUUGCCUUUGGCACAAGGAUCAGAAUAAAGGUGAAUUGUUAUUACAUAGGGCUUUUUAGUAAAAGUCACUGAAAAAACCUGUCAGGUGAAGGUAUAUUUUUGCUUUUUAAUUUGGCUAGAAGCAAUUUAUUUUUAAAGAAAAUAUGUCUCCCCUGAAGAUACAUGGUCCUAUCAGAAUUCGAAGUAUGCAGACUGGAAUUACAAAGUGGAAAGAAGGAUCCUUUGAAAUUGUGGAAAAAGAGAACAAAAUCAGCCUAGUAGUUCACUACAAUAGUGGAGGAAUUCCAAGGAUAUUUCAGCUAAGUCAUAACAUUAAAAAUGUGGUGCUUCGGCCCAGUGGAGCAAAACAAAGCCGCCUAAUGUUAACUCUACAAGAUAAUAGCUUCUUGUCUAUUGACAAAGUACCAAGUAAGGAAGCAGAGGAAAUGAGGUUGUUUCUAGAUGCAGUUCAUCAAAACAGACUUCAUACAGCCAUGAAACCUUCUCAGGGUUCUGGUAGUUUUGGAGCCAUUCUGGGAAGCAGGACCUCACAGAAAGAAACCAACAGGCAGCUUUCUUAUUCAGACAAUCAGGCCUCUUCAAAAAGAGGAAGUUUGGAAAAUAAAGAUGAUGUUCCAUUUCGAAAAGUUCUUGGUACUCCUGGUAGAGGAUCCAUUAAGACAGUAGCAGGAAAUGGAAUAACCCGGACAAUUCCUUCUUUGACAUCAACAUCAACACCUCUUAGAUCAGGGUUAUUAGAAAACCGCACUGAAAAGAGGAAAAGAAUGUUAUCUGGAUCAGAGCUGAAUGAAGAUUACCCUAAGGAAAAUGAUUCAUCAUCGAACAACAAGGCUAUGACAGAUCCCUCCAGAAAGUAUUUAAUCAGUAGUAGAGAAAAGCAACUGAGUUUGAAACAGACAGAAGAAAAUCGGACAUCAGGGCUUUUGCCUUUGCAGUCAUCAUCAUUUUAUGGUAGCAGAGUUGGGUCUAAGGAGUACUCUUCUGGUGCCUCUAACCUAGACAGGACUGUUUCAAGCCAGACUCCCUCUGCCAAAAGAAGUUUGGGAUUUCUUCCUCAGCCAACUCCUCUUUCUGUUAAAAAACUGAGGUGUAACCAGGAUUACACUGGCUGGAACAAACCAAGAAUGCCCCUUUCCUCUCACCAACAGCAACAACUGCAGGGAUUCUCCAAUUUGGGAAAUACAUGCUAUAUGAAUGCUAUUUUACAGUCUCUGUUUUCACUUCAAUCAUUUGCAAAUGACUUGCUUAAACAAGGUAUCCCCUGGAAGAAAAUUCCACUCAAUGCCCUUAUCAGACGCUUUGCACACUUGCUUGUUAAAAAAGAUAUCUGCAAUUCAGAGACCAAAAAGGACUUACUCAAGAAAGUUAAAAAUGCCAUUUCAGCUACAGCAGAGAGAUUCUCUGGUUACAUGCAGAAUGAUGCUCAUGAAUUUUUAAGUCAGUGCUUAGACCAGCUGAAAGAGGAUAUGGAAAAAUUGAAUAAAACUUGGAAGACUGAGUCUAUUCCUGGAGAAGAAAAUUCAUCAGAUAUUUCAGCUACCAGAGUAUACACUUGUCCAGUUAUUACUAAUUUGGAGUUUGAGGUUCAGCACUCCAUCAUUUGUAAAGCAUGUGGAGAGACUAUUCCCAAAAGAGAACAGUUUAAUGACCUCUCCAUCGACCUCCCUCGUAGGAAAAAGCCACUCCCUCCUCGUUCGAUUCAAGAUUCUCUUGAUCUUUUCUUUAGAGCAGAAGAACUUGAGUAUUCCUGUGAAAAGUGUGGUGGGAAGUGUGCUCUUGUCAGGCAUAAGUUUAACAGGCUUCCUAGGGUCCUCAUUCUUCAUUUGAAACGAUACAGCUUCAAUGUGGCUCUCUCACUUAACAACAAGAUUGGGCAGCAAGUCAUCAUUCCAAGAUACCUGACCUUGUCAUCUCAUUGCACGGAAAAUACAAAACCACCUUUUACUCUUGGUUGGAGUGCACAUAUGGCAAUUUCUAGACCAUUGAAAGCCUCUCAAAUGGUGAAUUCCUGCAUCACCAGCCCUUCUACAACUUCAAAGAAAUUCACCUUCAAGUCCAAGAACUCCUUGGCUUUAUGCCUUGAUUCAGACAGCGAGGAUGAACUAAAACGCUGUGUGGCCCUCAGCCAGAGACUUUGUGAAAUGUCAGGCAGUGAACCACAGCAGGAAGACCUGGAAAAAGAUUCAAAAUUAUGCAGAAUAGAGCCUGAUAAGUCUGAAUUAGAAAACUCAGGAUUUGACAGAAUGAGUGAAGAAGAGCUCCUAGCAGCUGUCUUAGAGAUCAGUAAGAGAGAAGCUUCACCUACGCUCAGUCAUGAAGAUGAUGAUAAACCAACCAGCAGCCCAGACACUGGCUUUGCAGAAGAUGAUAUUCAAGAAAUGCCUGAAAAUCUGGACACUAUAGAAACAGAGAAGCCCAAAACAGUCACAGAUCCAGAUCCUGCCAGUUUUCCUGAGAUCACAAAAGACUGUGAUGAGAAUAAAGAAAACAAAACUCCAGAAGGAUCUCAGGGAGAGGUUGAUUGGCUUCAGCAGUACGAUAUGGAGCAUGAAAGGGAAGAACAAGAGCUUCAGCAAGCAUUAGCUCAGAGUCUUCAAGAGCAAGAGGCUUGGGAACAGAAAGAAGAUGAUGACCUCAAAAGAGCUACAGAAUUAAGUCUUCAAGAAUUUAACAACUCUUUUCUGGAUGCGUUGGGCUCAGAUGAGGAUUCUGGAAAUGAAGAUAUUUUUGAUAUGGAGUACACAGAAGCUGAAGCUGAGGAACUAAAAAGAAAUGCUGAGACAGGAAAUCUCCCUCAUUCGUAUCGGCUCAUCAGUGUUGUCAGUCACAUUGGUAGCACCUCUUCUUCAGGUCAUUAUAUUAGUGACGUGUAUGACAUUAAGAAGCAGGCAUGGUUUACUUAUAAUGACCUAGAGGUAUCGAAAAUCCAAGAGGCUGCUGUGCAGAGUGAUCGGGAUCGGAGUGGCUACAUCUUCUUUUACAUGCACAAGGAGAUCUUUGAUGAGCUGCUGGAAACAGAAAAGAACUCUCAGGCACUUAGCAUGGAAGUGGGGAAGACUGCUCGUCAGGCCUCAAGAGGAGCAGACUCCUAGGUUGGCAGUGUGCACUGCAUUUUCUCUUACAGCUACCCACCUCACCUUUUCUCUGCCCGAGGAGAAUUUGGAAUUCUACUUGAUGUGGGAGCAACAAACAGCUCAGGGCCAAACCAAAAGACAAAAUUGUAGUUAGCCACAGAACGCUCCAUACUAACUAUUUUAUGGAAACCUUGUUCUCAUCUGUAGCUGAUUCUACUUUUUCUCCUACAAGAGAGGCACUUCCUUUUGUCUUAGGAAUACAUGUUGUAAAUAGGUGUGUAUGUAUAAAUGUAUACAUAUAUACAUACACACACGCACGUGCACGUGGAAUGAAUGGAGCCUUAAAGGGUUAGGAUGAAGCCGGACUCGGUGGCACACGCCUGUAAUCCCAGCAACUUGGGAGGCUGAGUCAGGAGGAUUGCCAAGUCCAAAGCCAGCAUGGGCAACUUAGUGAGACCCUGUCUCAAUAAAAAGGGCUGUGUGUAUAACUCAGUGGUAGGGUACCCCUGGGUUCAAUCCCCAGUACCAAAAAAGGAAAAAGAAAAAGAGGAUGAGCCACCAGAUAAUAUGCCUGCUCAAAAUUAAUAGCACAGCAGUUUGGAGAGAAAGGAAAGUGUCAGAGAGUCCAUUCUCUUGAGAAAUGUGUGAAGAUAUACAUAUCAGUUGUCUUUUAGCUUUUAUGUUCCUUGAGUAGCUUCACUCAAGUCUGUGCCCUUUCAUGUGUUUCUUAUGAGUUAAGUUCACUGGAAAGCCAGCUCUCCAUGUUACACUAAUGACAGUUUGUUCUUGCAAGAGACAUUUCUGUCACCUGACUUAAGGAGCUUUUUCAUUUUUUAAAUUUUGUGAAUCUGCUCUGCCUUUGCUGUUUAUGUGCAGUUCCCAAGAAUAGAUUGUUGGUGCUUUAGAAUGUGUUAUGGUCCCACAUUUGGUAUUCAUUGUACAUAUCAUGUUUUCUCUAGAGAGAUUUUUUCAUACAGUUUAUUCAUCAUAUUCACCUAUAUUAUUGUGAUGGUGAGAAUAGAAUAUUUUAUUUUAUUCUGUAUCAUUCUUCCAUGGAGCAGAAUGACCCUAAAGAAUUAUAGUCAAAACUUUAAAAGGUGGAAAGAUAAUAUUGCUUCAACUAGACUCCCCAGCAGAAAUGCUUAGGGAAAAGGAAAAACAGAAGCAUCUCUGCUACCCAGGCAGAGAGGGCAGGAGAUAUGCUGCUUUGUUAAGACUCUAGACCACUAAAGCUAAAAGCCCUGCUGCAAAUGUGAAAUGAAGAACAGGGGCUAUAGGGCAAAGCUUGAGCAUUUAAUCAUUUACUGUUUGGCUUUCUCUUAAAAACAGGGUGAGAAUUAAAAUGUGACUGAUUUUGGUGAUCUCAAGAACUAACAAAUUAAAAAAAGUGCACAAUAUAUCUUUCUAGGUGCUCUGAGGGUGAGUGGGGAGACAGCAUCAAGUGCUAUUAGUCACUUAGCCAACAUAACCAGCUUGGUUAAACAGCUUAUUAAUGAAGAAUGAGUUUGAGGGUGUAAUUCUGCAAGCCCAGGUGUCGUUAGGAUUGCACAGUUAAGGAUAGCAAAAUGAAACUUCUUUGCUAUUUUCCAUCUUAUUUUUUUGUUGUUGUUGUUGCUUUUAUUAAAACUGAAGAGAUUACCCUUCAGUUCUUAGGGACAAAACCACAUCAAGUUUUUCAGGAGGAGAAAAUAUGUCAUCACAGAAGAUGCAAUAUCUUUUCUGGAAGAUUGCCUUUGGCAAAUUCCAACCCUAUUCUUAAAACUUGGGUGUUCUGACAUAGUCACAAAUUCUAAAAGUUUUGAUCUUUGAAUUGUAAAUGGCCUCAGCACUUUUGCUUAACUACUGAUAAAUGCUUUGCCUCCUGCCAUCUACCAACACUCAUUAUUGGUGUGAAUGUUCUAAAAUGGUAGUCCUAGAAUAUUCAGGGGUUUAGAGCAGAGGAAAAUAUUUGUUUUAAAAACUAGCUUUUCCGAUUUUGUUUCAUUUCUAUCGGGAGCCUCAUUUUGUUUUGACUGAAGAUUGUUUUCUCAUAAGUAAAUGAAGUGACCAAAUUCUUAUCUGGUUGUUCUCUUCCCUGUCUCUGCAUAUGAGAGCUUUGAGCUAUUAAAAUGAUUGGGAAUGAUUUGAAGUGAUGUCUGUGUUCAGACACAGAGAAAAAUGGAAGUAAUGCCAUGAGCUUAGGUUGCUUUACCAGCAACCUGAUUUGAAUUGUUUUCAUGGCUUGCAUGUGUUUAUGGUUUAGAAGUGCACUUGGCACAGAACUCUGAUUUGGUUUGAUUUUUAUGUCUUGGGCAGGACUUGUUGAAAAUAGGAUACUAGAGUAUAUGAGUUCUCUCACUGCUCAUACUUGCAAAUUUGGGGCUUGGAUUUUACACUCUCUAGGGUUGUGGCCUUGUCAGCCUUCCCCUCUCCCUUCACUCCUUUAACUUACUCAUUUGACUACAAAUGGAGAUUUGAGCUCUACUAUGUUGGGGGUGGGAUUGUGGUAAUUCUUGGUUUUUGUUUUCUUUUGUUUUUGAACUGGCUGUAUAUAUUUUAAUAUUAUAAAUAGAUAAUAUAUUAUUUUUUGCACAGUGUUAUCAGUUUAACUGAAGCAGGGGAUGGGGCAGUUAGCAUGUUGGGGCCAGGAAGGGACAAAUUAGAUAGGAACAGAGUACUUCAGUUUCAGGCAGUCCUCACAAUAACUAAUUAACCUUCCUAUUGAAAUGCCAAAUGUGUGGUUACAUUACAUUACUUUAAAUGACAUUGAAUUGGAAUUUGAUAGCAGUUCUGGACACAACCUUUUGCUCUUAGUUGAAAUUAUUUUGAGGGGAAAAAUAAACAAAAAUUUAAACUUGUUGAUUUUUAUCCCCUGAUAUUAUGGAAAACCAGAAAGUUGCAUGUGGCUAGAUGCCGUUACCCUUUUAGUGACCUAGACUAUAAAUUUAGACCUUUGAGAAGGUAGACUCUUGUUUUGUUAGGGAUCUAUUUAUAUGUUUGUACACACUCAUAAAUUUUGCCUCAGCAAAAUAGAAUAAGAAGCAAAUUCAUGGUUGGUCUUCUAUUUAUAUUUUGAUUCCAAAAGCUGUUGGUUUACUUGCUAUGAUUUGUUAAUUCCAGGCUUAACUUAAAUGGCUUAGUAGCAAAUAAAUGUAAAUGUGUUUACAUUUUUAAGAAGUGUGCAGUGAUACUUACAGAACAGUUAAUUAACUCCAGAUGCAAAUAUUAAACUACACAUUUCUUUUUCUUCUUGAUCAAGUGUAAAAUUCUCCUGAAAGAGAAGCUUUAAGAUUUACAGACCUCUGCAAUGUAAUCUAUGAAUUUAUUUAUCCUUCCAUACUGCAGUUACUAUUAUGUAACCACACACAUGCACCUACAGAGAGAGUUGUAUAAUGAAAUUCACCUGAAGAGAAAAAAAGUAAUUUGUAAACUCAUUUGUGAUACACUGAAAAGAGGGUAUGAAAAUGUUCUCCUCCUCCUUCUCUGUCCUCUGAAGUGACUGCAGUGGAUGCUCUUAGUUAUCCAGCCUCCCCCUCAACCCUUUUAUUUGAUUUACUUGACCCCUGAGACAGAUUUCUGCUUUAAAUCAGGGAAACAGCUCAAUUUCCAAGAUGUGGAGCUUGCAUGUGUAGGGAGAUUUUUAGAAAAAUCAGCAACCCAGCACCAGAUGCAAGUCAUAAAAAGCAUCUCAGUAAAUGGAUAUGUUCUUUUCCUUCUCAUUUUUCUUUAUACCAAGUAAUACUCUCGCAAAAAUGUACCCAAACUAAAAGAUUUCUGCCUUCUAACAUCUUUCUCUCCCUUGGUAUGUCUUAUUAACAUCUGAAGAAUACAUAUAUUUUAUUGGGAAACUAUAGUUUGUUAGGCCUUGAGAGUUUCGUGACAAUUACUUUGCUGUGUGUUACCCCAAUCAUUGACUCCUUUAUGGCAUGCUUUGAUUACCAGGCUUCAAACAGUCACUUUUGUUAUAUUUAAACACAAUUAGUAAGUUGUUUCCUUUCCACGUGUGCUAUGUGUCUGAGAUUUUGAAGUUUCAAUCAAAAGUGUGCCAGUAAUGAAUAAGCAUUUGAUUUUAGUGACAUUGGACUUUUCUUAAAGUACAGAGAUUUUGAAGUAUAGUUAUGUCCACUGGCAUCAGCAGAGAGGGAAUGAGGAUCUGGAUCAGGAUUCAAGUUCAUCAGGUCAAAUGCUAGAACAAAAAAAUCAGUUGACUGAACUGGUCUAUUUCUAAAACAGCAGGCAAAGAGGGAGAGCACGCAUGGGUGUGCACAGCUCUCACCCCCAGGUUUCCCUCCUUCUGAGAGCUCCUGUCCCUCCCCAACUUCCCUGGCCUAUUAUAGGUGUUUCUUUAUGCUUAGGGAGAAGAAAACAGAAGGGAGGUUCCUACACUUUGCCUAAUUGAGCCACUCCCAGGUUUGCUGGCAGCUUUGGCCACAUUAUUUGUGAGGUGGGUUUUUUUCUUUGUGUUCAGAGUGACUUUUGAUUCUGAUGUUUUGUGUGGAGCGGCACUUUAUCUGUGUUUUAGCAGAACUGUUCCCUCUGUAUCCUUUACGGUUUUUCCUUUGUUUUUGUUUCCUUUUUAAAUUAUAUAUAGAGUUUUUUUGUGUGUGUGAAAUUAAAGCCUUUAUUAACCUUC